AUAACCCAACGCUCUACCUACCUGCUGCUAAUCAAGGUUUCUGAACCCAAAAAUGGCGAGAAUCAUCAACAACAAACCCGGAUUAAGACUCUUUACCCAAUUUCUACACUCACAGAGAUCAAUUAUAUCCCCAUUUACAUCUACAAGAUCGAUCGAAACCCUAGCUUUCGAAGAAAUUCAAUCCCCCUCCCACAAACCCACACCCGAUCAUUCUGCGUUUGUUCUUCACGGAUUAAUCGGUUCCGCCAGAAACUGGAGAUCCUUUUCUCGAAAUUUAGCUUCUUCUCUCUCAGAUUGGAAGAUGGUUCUUGUGGAUUUGAGGAAUCAUGGGCAAUCGGCUGGUGUAUCGGGUUUACACCCGCCUCAUGAUAUAGUUAAUGCUGCUAAUGAUCUUGCUAGUUUGGUUAAAGUUCAUGGUUGGAAGUGGCCUGAUGUUGUUUUGGGGCACUCCAUGGGUGGUAAAGUCGCUUUACAGUAUGCGUUGAGUUGUGCCCGUGGCGAUUAUGGUGGUUCGGCUACGUUGCCUAAACAGUUGUGGGUACUGGAUUCGGUGCCUGGUAUAGUGGACCCCGAAGAAUCUAGUGGUGAGGUGGAGAAAGUUUUGGAAACCUUGCAGACUCUACCAAAGACAAUCCCAUCACGCACGUGGCUGGUGGAUCACUUGACAAAUCUAGGAUUUACAAGGUCAUUAUCUGAAUGGAUCGGUACCAAUCUCAAAAGAUCAGGAGAACACUUUACGUGGGCAUUUAAUCUUGACGGAAUCAUCCAGAUGUUUGAUUCCUACAGGAAGAUGGAUUAUUGGCCGCUCCUAGAACACCCACCUAAAGGAAUGGAGAUUGUGAUUGUUCGUGCUGAAAACAGCGACAGGUGGGACCCGCAUAUAAUUCAGAAGCUUGAAAGCCUUAAAAACCGGACGAGUGAUGAAUCAGAGGGAAAGCUUUCGGUUGUGGUUCUUCCAAACUCUGGGCAUUGGGUUCACGUGGAUAACCCGAAGGGACUCCUCGAGAUUAUCACACCUAAAAUGGUUUCCCUCAGUUAAACCCAAAUGGGUUCUCUAUUAAUGCACAAUCAAGAUUCACAUACUUGCAAAUCAUAACUCAGGUCCUCCUUUUAAUAAUGAGUAAUUUAAAUACUAUUGGUUGUUACAUUUUUUUUAUUGUUUUGUUAGUUAAUGAUUUUUAGUUGGGUUUUAUACUUUUAUGUGUUUUAUAACUCAACCAGUCUCUAUUUCUAAUUCAAUGUUCUGUUGGUUAGUUUU